AACUCGAAGACAAUUUUUACCAUCCAUAAAUAUACCACGAUAUGCGAGCCAUGGCUACUGCAAUCUGCAACCCAGUUGUCUGGGGCACCGCAGCUUACGAAGCCCAGUCCCCAUUAUGUAAGCUCGGUAACAUAAAUUCAUUUGAAGAUAGCGAUCGAAUCGAAGAAAAUGCGGCAUUAGAGAUUUGACUGUAUCGUUAGACCGAGGAAGUUGAACACGACUGAUUCAUACUGUGCCAAGAAUAGCUUGGGUUGGGGUUGUGGGAAUUAGAUAUUGGCAGAGCCCUGACUUUGGAAGAGGUUGAAGAACGAAUUGCUACAAGUCCUGGAUAAAAUCUUGCCAUUACAGUAUGAUAGUAUCUUGUCAUCUGGUGAGCACACAGAGGUUCAGUGGGAGGAUGUAGUGGCCCUGGCUGUAAUCUUGCCCUCGCAAUGGUGCUGGGUAACUUACAUGAAAUUGGAAGCGUUCUUUUCACACUGUGAGUCUAAAUUCUUCUUCUUUUGUGGGAGUCUUUUCUAUGUCUCUUCAGUUUCUCAGCUUUGUCAUUUCUGAUAUAUUCUACUUACUCGCACAAACUGGCUUAGUAUUCUGGCCAGGAAUGCUAGCCAGCCAACCUCGUAAUAAAAAUCUACCCAUGGAUUUGAUAUAACAGAGGUUUGACUUCUGCAGGAGAAAAGAUGUGAUUCACAAUUGGCCUGAGAUCUUAUGAUUCAUAGUCAACUUAUCUCAGUCACAACGCUCUCCUUCAUAAUACUUUCAUAGCAAUUCUAUACUCCCCCAAACUUUGCUAAACAUACUACUCCAAGCUCUGAACUUAAUCCAGGUCAUUGUCUUACAACAAAUACACUUACGCUUGCAGACAGGAAACUCACGGCCCUGCCAGUCGUCGGAUCUCAUCCCAAAUUUAGAGGCCUAGAUCUCACCAUGUUUUUUAUUAUUGCUCCGCUUCUUGUGGAGACUGUUGUUUUCAUUCUGACAGCCCUGUGCAUUACUGCAGGUCAACCCAACAACAUCACGCCGAGUUUACUUUCUGAUUACUACCUUGUGUCCGUUGAUACUACUAACCUCCAAGCAAUCAACGCGAGUGAGAAUCACGAUGGUCUACCAAUUCAUGAUUACUACAAAAUGUACCUGACGACUCAAUGCUCCUCCAAUCACGACAAAAGUUCAAAGCAUUACUUUAAUGCGACUUGUUCCAAGCCUUCCAACAAUGGUAUGUUUCGUUCAUUAAGCUCUGACCGUACCUCCUCACACGAUUAUGUAUUGAUCUUUCUACAGCCAAAUUUAACCUCAGAAAACUGAUAUCCAAUGAUCUUGAGAAUGAUCAUGACCAUCCAAACUUCACAAAGCCCGACUUGACCGCUAUCAUCCCCAAGGGCCUACAACUAGAUUUUGAGUCUCACAACGAACACAUCCACGUCGCUUAUGGAUUUUACAUGGCAGCAGUAGUUUGGGCUGGGCUUGGAAUACUUACCAGGUGUCUGACUCUCUGCGAUGGUACUUCGGAUAAAACUUUGUUCUUAUUUCAUUACCUCGUAGGUCUUCUACACAUACCUCUAUGCAAAUUUCGACGCCAGAGUGCUGACAUUGAGGGAGACUUUGGGCACAUUUGUCUUUAUUUCCUCAGUCAUUGUGACAGUCGUUGCAAGGGAGGGCCCGCAGUCAAUCGAGAGAUACAGCGACUUUCUCACGGCAAAUGGCGGAGACAAAAUUUUGGCUUUGACUUGGACUGCCUAUGCAUUUUGUAUCGUCAACACGCUAUUGUGCAUUACCGGUUCCUUCCUUGGCUAUGUCGGAUAGCUAGCGUUACUAGCCUUGCUACAAACGACUUUUCCACUGCCGGCCGGGGAAUUAAAAUUACAUUGUUCGGUUUCUUCGUCUUUUUAUUCGCGGGCAUAGCUCGCUGCAUGUUUCUCUUUGCGACUUGAAGGCAAGCAAAAUAUUGCUCUUUUUCUUUAUUGCUUGUAAAUAGUCCUUCUGGCAAAUGAAUAGUGCAAUGCCAUGUCACAUACCGGGUAUGCUAAAUGUCUUUUUGAGGGAUGAAUCAAUGGACAGAUUCCGA